UCUAGCCGCAUUCAGUUGACAAAAUCUAAUCAAAUCAAUAUGCAUUUCACCUCCAGUGUUCUGUUCAUUGGGCUGGCUUGUGCCAUCUCGAGCGCCGGGGCUUAUCCCUAUCCGGAUCCCCGAGAGAUUGUGAAUCUGCAGCCUGAGCCACUUGCAUAUGCUCCCAAUUUUGAUGUGCCUCUGCACAGAGAGCGUCGCCAGUUGCAACUGAAUGGAGGUGGCGGUGGAAGCCCAAGGCAGGGAUUCGAUCUGAGCCUGAACGGGCGUGCUCCUGUUUGGCAGAGCCCAAAUGGACGCCACUCCUUCGAUGCCACGGGAUCGUAUGCCCAGCACCUUGGCGGACCCUAUGGCAACAGUCGACCUCAGUGGGGAGCCGGAGGAGUGUACACCUUUAGGUUCUAGGCUACUUAAAGAGCUGCCCAAUAUUUAUUGAAUAAAAGCUACAAUAUAUGUUUAUACAA